AGAUAUGAGACGGCAGGAGUAUGAGGACCGCGAGAAGGAUGACGAGCGGGACGAAGAAGGGGAUGAGCGACGGAAGCCUCACAGGUCACAUCGGCGAGAUCCACGGGACGAGGAAGAGGAUGAGAGGCGACGUGAGCGCGAGCCCCGCCCCAGGAAGCACCGGCAUGAGGAUGACGGGCCACUCCGACUUGAGUACUCAGCCGACGACCGCGAUCGCCUACCGAUCCGCAGUCACCGCCACCGAGACCGAGAGCGCGAGAGAGAGCCUGUCAGCGUGAGAAACGAUUGAUGAUACUAUUCUGUUAUGAAUCCUGAAGAAAAAAGAAAGGAAAAAAGAAGAAAAGAAUUUGGGCAUAUUUGGCACAUCAUGAGCCGGGGGGGGGGGGGAGGGCGGAGGGUCUGUUGACGUAUUUGAUGAACUGCACAACAUCUAGCAAGCGUCUCGAGAGCGAGUGAACAAGAUCUAUUUAUUACGUGGUUUUCAUGUGUGUAUAUAAGCAUGCUGGGUUCAUACAAAGAGGCUGGUUGGAGUGGGAAAAAUUACCUUGGGAAGAUUGAAAAACAGAGAGGGAUAUGAAUGUCACGAUUAUCUACGU